AUGGCCCCCGAUGCCGUCUCCCACCCCAGUCCCGCCGGCUCCGUGGCCUCGUCGGUAACCACCACCCUCCUGAACAGCAACAACAAGCGCAGCGUCCCGGACUCGCAUUACAGCCCCGCCGGCGGACAUGGAGGACACGCCGCGGACUCGGGCACCCCGACCGGCGGGGCCGGGCCCGGGACCUCGCCGGCGUCGCAACCGCCCGCCGAGACGGGCAAGAAGCGUAAGACCGGCCCCGGGUCCAGGGGCGUCGCGAACCUGACGCCGGAGCAGCUGGCCAAGAAGCGUGCCAACGACAGGGAGGCCCAGCGAGCCAUCCGCGAACGCACGAAGAACCAGAUCGAGACGCUGGAGCGCCGCAUCCAGGAGCUCACCUCCCAGCAGCCCUACCAAGAACUCCAGGCCGUCUUGCGCGCCAAGGAGGCCGUCGAGGCGGAGAAUGCGGACCUCAAACGCCGCCUGCAGGCCUUCAUCACCUCCAUCCAACCGCUGAUCUCAUCCACACCAGCGGUCCAACAACCGCCAGACCCUGUGGUCUUCCCUUCUCCAUCCGGAAGCUACUCCCACCCGGUCCACCACCCAAACGGGCCCAUGUCCGCCAACAACGCCUCGACGCCCAAUAGCGCCGCCUCGCCCGCCUCCCUGGACCCCACCGCAAACUGGCAGACUUCCGGCGGCGGCGGCGGCGUCCCGGACCUCUCGCCCCCGAACCACAUGUACGCCGCCGGCAAGAUGCUCAACCAGCAGCGCCAGGACCUCCGCCACGGCCUCGACCUCGGCCCGGAGCGUCUCGGCCUCGACUUCCUCCUCGACUCCAACGCCCGCCUCGGCAAGAUCCAGAGCGGCCCCAACGGCGCCCAGGACUCCCCGCACUACCACCACGUCCCCAUGAAGCACGACUGGACCGGCGUCGGCCCCGUCUCCCACUCCCGCAGCCCCUCCCUCUCCGGCCCCUCCACCUCCGCGAACAACGCCAACAACGCCAACGCCAGCGCCACCGUCCACACCCCGCGCUCCUCCCAGAUGGACUACGGCCCCGCGCAGUCCACCCCGUCCUCCGCGCCGUCCGAGCCCUCCCGCGCCCUCGCGAGCUACUCCGCCGAGGUGAAGAACUGCGGCCCCACCUGCCCGCUCGACUCGCUCCUCCUCGACUUCCUGCACGAGCGCCGCCAGCGCGCCGCCGACGGCCUCUCCGCGCACGAGGUCAUCGGCCCACGCUACCCCUCCGUUCUCUCGCUGCUCAACCCGGCCAACAGCAAGUUCUCGCACCCGCUGUCCAAGGUCUUCACCGACAUCCUGGCCACCUUCCCGGACCUCUCGGCGCUGCCGCAGCGCGUCGCCGUGCUGUACAUCAUGUUCCUCAUCAUGCGCUGGCAGAUCUCGCCCACACAAGAAAACUUUGAGCGGCUGCCCGACUGGGUGCGCCCGCGGCCGUCGCAACUGUUCACGGAGCAUCCGGCCUGGAUCGACCACGUGCCCUUCCCCGCGAUGCGCGAGAAGCUGUGCCGCGACUACAACCCGCGCGAGUACCUGUUUGACAACUUCUUCGUGCCGUUCACGACGACGCUGAGUCUGAAUUGGGGGUAUGAGGACACGGAUACGCUGCUGCAGGUGCCGGAGUCGGACGAGGUGGUGAUUAACCCCGUGUUUGAGAGGCAUUUGAGGAGGAUUGAGAAUUGGACGCUGGGGCAGGCGUUUCAUCAGACGUUUCCGAAGCUGGCGGGGACGUAUAACUUGAAGAUGUGA